UUUUAUUUAUUUUUAUUUCUUUGAUUAAACUCUAUGAAUAUGUUUGGUGAUGAUGCUUCUAUAUUUUUAUUUUAUCUUAAGUUAUUUAUAUUUUAUAGAAAGAGAUUAGUUCUGAAAUCGGAACUCAAGUAGUAUUGAUUCAAACAUUAAUAUUAAAUUGUAUGUAUUGUUUAGUUUAGACAAAAUACAAAAGUGUAACCAAAACAUGGACCUUUAUGACGAGUAAAAUUAAUUUUUGUGACAAAUCUACACAUAAUAUAAUGAUAAAAUUGGAAAAUGAGAGUCUCAUUUCCAAUUUUGUGGCCCGAUAGUGAUUAUAGGAAGCUCUUUUUUCGUCAUAGUGCCCAAUUCAUCUUUAUAUUAUGUGUAGAUUUGUGACAAAAAAUUACUAUAUUUGUCACGGAGAUCCAUGUUUUGGCUACAGAUAUGUAUUUUGUCAAAACAAACCACACAUAUAAUUUAUUAUUUAAUGUUUCAAUCAAUGUCACUUGAGUUCCCAUUUCGCAAUUAAUCACUUUUUAUUUUUUUUUGCAAGUAAUUUCAUUAAGAUAGCCGUGGGCAAAACCCAAAGGAAAGAUACAAAUACAACUUAGAAUAGGAAAAGGAAAAAAACAAGACCAACGAUCAGGACCCAAACAAACUUUAGGCCCAAGACAGCAAGCCCAACACGUUUUUUUCCUAACCCUAGCCGUAGGAAGUAGAAGCCCUCUUGUUUCCAACCACCACUGCUGCAGGUUUCAAACACCACCAGCAACCACCAACCACCAUCGCUGGAGAGAAGGAAACCACCAACCCAAAUGGAGGAUCUACGAAAACAAGAGCUGCCACCUCAUGCACCAGAUCCUCGCUGGACCAAAGUCUUGAACACCCCUUCAGCUCACACCACCAGGAGAUGCGUCAGAACAGAGAGGCGGCCGAUGGUUGAACCAAGAGAGCAAGAUUUCUGUCUUAAUGCUCGUCAUUCCGAGUCCAAGCCGAGGCUGCAUCUCCGAGAGACCAAGAUCUGCAAAGUGAAGCAAGAAGGUAGACAAAGGGAAAGAUGAGAAAAAUACAAGUUGAAUCUUAAAAAAAUCCAGCCUCCCUUGCCACUCAGAACGGAUCAUCUCUAGAUCUGAAAAAAUCAGAGCAGAGGACAAAAUCAAACCCACUUACGGGAGGAAACUGAACCCACAAGUGGCAAGAAGCUGGAAGGAAGCAAGCAAGAAAACCCACCAAGGGUAUGGAAAAGCGACGAAUACAAAGAAAACCUCAGGAAAAAAAAAUCAAAAGGAACGGAAGCAUGGUAACAAAGAACAACAAAUCAAAAAGAGCAAAUAAGAUAACGAAAAAGAAGAUAACAACAGAAAAAUAAGAGGCGGAGGGCCGCCACUAGUCGCUGGAGGACGCCAACGACAGCCCCCAUGGCGGCAUCUUUAGAGAGGGUAGCUUCAGAUAAAAUGUCUUUUCUACU